AGUUCGACCUCGAGCGUCGAGGACAACAAUGAGAGAAAUCGGGAAAGCAUUAUUUAACGAGAAACAAUGCCGCGAGAGCGCGGCAAAACCAAGAUCGAACGGAUACGCCGGUACCUUGUCGAAGCCACUGAUACUAGAUACGGUGGUCAGCAGGAGCUGGACGACACGAGAAUCCUCAGCGACACGAAGUCGAUCGGUAGCCUGAGCCAGCAUCUGUUCGAGAGCGACGAGGACGAGGAGCGUUACUACGGUACCUGCAACGGCUAUGUCUCGCAGCCCGGCAGCAAGUCGAAUCUGCUGCUGUGCAGCGAGUGCGAUCAGAAGACGCACACCUGCACCUACCAACCGCAAACACCUGAGUCGCAUGUCGGCAGAUACGUGGAGGAGCGUAUUGACGAGCGGCAUCAGGAACCGGGAACCUCUCGUGCCUACAGGAGCCCGGUGAAGCUCUCCUCCCCACGCUCGUAUCAAUCGGAUCAGGAUCGCAAGGCACAGACGACGUCGUCGCCGCGAUCGUACCACGAAAGUGUUCAGCAAUCAGUGCAGAUAACGUCACCUCGAUCCUAUCGAACUCAGGAGCAGCAGCAGCAGCAACAGCAACAGCAACAGCAACAGCAGCGACGCGGACGGACCACCAGGGACACGGGCAAUCGAGGUGACGACAGAGACCGCGAGAGCCCGAUCUGCGAGCUCUGCCGGGGUAACGGUUACGUCGUCGUGCACUGCGAGCACUGCGACUUCUCCAGCGAGGGCGACCUGAUCUGCUUCCGCUGUCAGAGCGACGAGGGCUCGGGAUCUAACGGUCAGAUGUGCCCGCGCUGCGAUCGGGAGGCCGGAUUCACGUCGAGCACCGGCCGAUCCGGCUCCAGCGACGAGGGCAACGGCAAGUACCCGGUAGACGCGGUGGUGAAGAUCCAGCUGAACGAUCAGACGAUCGACGUCGACUCCGGGAGCGAGACCCCCGAGAGUGAAAGCUCGAGCAACUAUCAUCCCCAGAGGGGCGCGAUGGAGCGACUCGACACUAUCGUCGAGAAGGGCGACACUGCCAGCGAGAACGACGAGGAAAAAAACGGCGGGGGCGGGGGCGGCGGCACGAAGCUCAACGGUACCACUAGCACGAGAUAUCUCAACUACAUGAUCGUGCUGUUCCUGUAAAUAAAAAAAAGACGACGUAUUGAGAUAGAUGCGACCGAAUCCGCGGCCCGCGAUUUGUUCGCUUGAUAGAAGCGGCAAUUUUCUCAAUUAAACCGAUCUCACUGUAAUUGAAAAUUAUUUUGAACGUUUAUAACCAUUAACCGAGCAAAAAUGAUUUUACUCGGAAAACUCCGGCGUCGCUUUCCGCUGGAUUUUAUAAUUUUACUCUGACCUCGAGACCAGCGCUCAGCGAAACUGGAUGACCGGUGCGAACGCUGAAUCACUUACGAGUCGAUGACUUAAUAUCAGAGGGCCGCGGGUCGAGCCGCACUGUAAAUAAACUGCCACUGGACAUAAUUGAUCCGUACAAUAUAGGACCGUAUAGAUUAAUUACUAGAUAGCUCGUAAUAAUUUAAGAUGCAGAUCAAGCGAGGCAGAAAGAGGAGAAGAGAGAUAGACGGAGAAUGUGUGCGUGUAUGUGUGUGCGUGUAUGUGUGUCACAUUCAAUACGCGCAGUAUUGUCAUGAGCUGAGAUCCGUGACGCAACGGUCGACACGUUUCGACGCGCGAUUCUUGGAGCGGGUGUGUGCAAAGAUUAUAAUUACUCGGUUAUAGAUCGGUCCUCAGGGCUUGUCUCGUCGCUGUUAACGGCGUUGCUUCAAUAUGGAUUAAUCAAUUCAGAUUUACACGCCUUGCCGUAAUGUCGAUCCAAAGUAGUUUCAAAUGUAGACACGAACGGACAAAAACACGAACAAAAUUGGGACACAGCUCAUUGAUUAUUGUCAGAAAUUGAUUAAAAAUAACUUCGAUAUUGUUCGUUUUUUUUUUCUAUCAGUGAGUUCUAUACUCUUUUUCUGAUUAAGAAGACUUGAUGUCACUUGUAAAAAUUGUUACUAUUUCUUAAGAUACUUCGUCUGAAUAAGGUCUAGUUAUAAUUCAUUUUCUUUCUUAAAAACUCUAUUAAAUAGAGAUAUUGAAGAAUGUAUAAAAUAAAUUAAGUGGAACUCAUUCAGUUUGGCAAUUUACUUUAGCAAUAAUUUAGAGAGACGGACAGGCGAUAUAUUGAUCACAAGUAAUUACGAUUCUUGCACAACUCUCUACUACUCAUGUUCGGGACCAACUAAAGCCAUCACUUACAUCACUGCUUCCGACUUCCGCUUCCACCCCGUGAUCAUCGUUUGUUCGUUCGGUCGAAAAAGGGAUUUAAAGGAACUCCGGGUGACCCUUUGUUCCCGAUGUAAGUCGGCGACAUCGUCAUCUUCAUAGUGUACCGAAACAGAGUCGAACCGAACGCUUCAUUCUCCCGCACAACGAAGACGGCAGGACAGAAAAACGCGUUUUAAAGACGAUACACAAACGCGCGAAUCCCCUGAAUCUCAUGGAAAAAGAGAAGAUAAGACGAUUUCGUUUAUCUCCUACGUUUGUAACACGCGGCAGCGUUUUUUUCCUCCAUUUAUAAAUCAUGGAGAAGAGUUCUUACUAAAUGUGUGCGUUUUCUAACAUUCAUCCUCCAAUUUCGUGAGCAUCCCGAUGUAUCUGAAAUUUCCAGCGUGUCGAAAAAAUGGAUGUUAAAUUUGCCAGAGUCGUAUGGAUAAAAAAGACAAAAUAAUGAAGAAGACAACGAAAGAAGGUGGGCAACCGAUUUCGCCUCCUGUCUUUUUCUUUUUUGUUAUUUUGAAGAGAGGAAAAAAAAUCCGAGCGAUCGCAGAACCGAGCACGGUUGAGUGAGAUAACGUGUUAUCGAACAUGGCGAUUGAAACUGGUAUGAUUUCAUGAGAUGAGACGUAUCUAUUGUCGAUUUCACGAUUAAGCGGAUUGUCCUAGCGUGCUUUUAGUGUUGAAGUUUGAAUUCGAUAUACGGUGAAUUAAGAUGAAGAAGAUUGAAAAUCUGAUGUGGUAGGAAGGCACUAGGAACGACAACAUUCGAAAAACAUCUUGUAUUCCGGUAUACGAUAAUAACAUCGAAAUUCUACCAGUAUCAAUCUUUGAACUCGGAAACGAUCAACCCAAGGAGGGUUUGGAAGAGCAGCAUAAAUUCUCGCGGGACUGGGCUCAUGUCAUCUGUAUAAUAUUCACCGAAUAAUGAUUAUCACGUUAAGGUAUUAUCCUUAGGAAGUACCCGGUAUAAAUCAAUCCCGCCGUGCCGCGAAGUCGCGGUAACCCGAAAGAAGUACAGCGAGAAACGAAGAGGGAGGGGGGGAAAGGGAAUAUUGCGACCGGCAGUUCAGUUCGGAAAACACGUAGCGAUUAAGUGCUCUUACUACGAAAAAAAAAAAGAACAGAAAAGAAAAGAAAAUGCGAAACGCUUCGCGAGGAUUUACAGGCGCGCGCGAUCUCGUCCGUUCGAGUUACGGCGCUCUCCGCGGCCACGAGAAGGGGGAACAUCACUCUACUGCCACGUUGAUUUAGAACACCUCUGUAAAUUUGUUAGCGGAAAUUUGUAACACAGUUAGGACGACACUUCGAUAAACCGUUGAGAUUACCUUUACUCCUGUACGCGCGCAAUCCCGAGGUAGACGAGCUACUCGAGUCUCCCCGUUUCUUGUUUUCGAGGAUGAGAAAGUUCGAUCGGACUGGAGAAGAUUCGAAGACGAAUGAUUCAUGCAAGACGCUCGGUAUCGAGAUAAAGUGCAUUCAGAAAGUUUUAACCCUUUGACGUUCAAACUAUUUCUUGCUAAUAGCGAAAUAAGCGAAGUUCAACUAUUUUUGUCCUCAAUUUUAUUUCCUUGGCUAAUUUAACAUGAAUAAAACAUAUUUUAUUACUUUAUUUAAUGAGAUUCCAAAAAUACAGUUUAAUUACUAUUAUAAUUAAACUAUAACUAUUAAUUAUAAUAUAUAAUCACGUUACAAUUACGUACUUGAUGAAUUAUGCAGUGGGUUACCGCAAUGCAUUAUAUCGAGUUGAAUUUUAUGUAGAACUGUAAAAGGCUAAAAAUAAAACUCGUAACUAAAAGCUCUCGGGAGCUGCGCUUUUGAACAUUUUAUUAUUGAAGUUACAAAAGUUCUCGAACAGUCAAUGAAUAAAGGUCAUCCUUCACUUCGAGAAUUUUACUGUCGAGAGUUUCAAAUAUUUUCAAAAAAUAUAAUCCUCAAGCGCAUUUAAAAUUCAGCGUUUAUGUAAAAUCAUACGUAUUAUAACGAUUCAUAUUUAUUUCAUAGAAAACGCUAUUGAGGACCGCUCUUAACAUUAUCGAUGAAUAUAUCACUUGUAUAUUAUAUAAAAUUUUCCUCUUAUUUUAUUUUAUUAUUUUUUAAAUUAAGAGACUUCUAUAUGAAAAAAAAGGAAAGAUAUUCCAAUUACGCGAUUGUCGUCUCGAUAUCGCGCGUGUUGUCUGGAAUUGAAGAUUUACGACUUGCGACAACAGAGGAUCGGUCAAUGAAUGGUAAUAGCGACGUAUGUACAGAGAAGAGGGAGGCUCGUCACACCGGCGGGAAUGCGUUUAAUCAGCCUUACUUAGACAAUUAUUAUCUACAUUAUUGUACACUAAAUUUAUAUGCGUGUAACGUCGGUGACUUGCGUACAUCGGUGCGUGUACAUCGGCGUACCUUAAUUACAUAAAUGACAUCCCCGGCGGUAUGUGUACGCUGUGGACAACGAUAAUCUUACGAGCAACGUGUGAUCGUUACGUAGAUACGGCGUGUACGUGUGCGUAUUGUACAUAAGUAAUUUAUCAAUUAUUUGCCGUUCGCAGCACCCGGAAAAGUAUCUUGCGUUCGGAGCUUCAGGAUCCUGCCCUCGAUGGAAAUCCAAUUGUCUUAACGUUAAUGAUUAUCUGUAAAUAGCGUUGUCAGUGCUGUAUAUUUUACGCUGUUUAACUGGCUGUGAUAUUUAUAUGUUCAGAGUUUAAUUGUGAUUAGCGAUAUUCUAUGUUGAUCCUGUUGAGCGUACAAAUUGCGUGCCCCGCAUACGUUUUAUCGAUUCGAUCGAUUGUAAACAUCGCGAAAGCGAAAUAUAUAUAUUCCACUCGUCGAAGGGUCGUUUGCUAAGUUUUGCAGAUUGUCGCUAAUUUUUUUUUUUCUGAGAAUUUUUGGAGCAGUAACAAAGCAAUGCGCGCAACAAAUGCCGAUAAAAUGCAGCUCACAAUCACCUGUACAUUACUCUCGUUAUCAUUUUGUCAUCGUUUUUAUUAGUAUCGAGGACACAAAUACUCAGUAGCAUGACGUACUUGUUAAAUACAUUAGCGCAGGUAAACGAGUUACAAUUUAAGUGCCACAGUUCGAAGAGCGCGCCUGAAUUAAUCGAUUUUCAACUGAUACCGAACGAUAAUCACGCGUUGCUCCGCGAGUCGUUUAUAAAACCGAAUAAAACCAGCUGUAAGGAAAAUGUAAAAUAACUUUCAGGAGAUAGCGCGAUAUACACUUAUUACGGUUCGGAAAUACAGUUACGAACUUACACGAUCGAUAUCAAUUAUCAAUGAUCAAUCGGAUCAUCCUCUCUAUCAUAAUAAUGACUUCCGCAUGACUGUUUGCGCGAUAUUGAGUUUAUUGAAAUAUUUAUUGGUGUUACAAGCAAAACGUGUACAGAAUGGAAAAUUGCCAUCGGAGAUUUACCGUAGCUGUAACGCCCGAGGUUCGUUACGAAAGAAGAAAAGAAACUCGUUAAUGACUGACCACUCGACCGCGCAUCCAACGUGCGGUUGGACCCGUAUCUCUCUUUUUCUCUCAUUAUUCGUAUGCACGUUCCAUUGCCUAAUUACAUUUAACGAUCGAACGUCACGUCUCCAACGUCCACGACCUUAAUUUUAACGACGAGAAGUCUAACCUUCCCUUAGAAAAAAAAAGAAGAGUCAUAUCGAUCUCAUCGAGGAGAAGUUUCGCGUGACGUUUUCGAUAAUUAUGCGUACAGUCGUGAGAUGUGCAUGUGUUGUUCGUCAACUUUUUAUAAGGCCAAAUUUACAAGUUUUGCAUAUAUUUAAAUAGAGACACAAUAUGUAGUCGAACGUACGACAGUCAGAUUUUCAGAUAAUCGCUAUGUGAAAAGUGUCAAUAGGAGAUUUCUGGUCAUUUUGUGGAUCUCGUCGAGCCAACUUUUGGCGCGUGGUGCCAAGUUUUACAACGGUCUUCCUUUGUACAUGAUGUAAUUGUAAUGUAAACGGUGUAAAAAAUCGCGAGUGCAAUUCAAUGAAGAGUGCAGCGAAUGUACAAAUACCGAGUUGCACGCGCGUAUUAUUUUAAUGUAAUGUGAUUUUAAUUUUUCUAAUUAAAAUUAAAUUAAAUUAAAAUCUAUUAAUAAUUAUGUGUGCCAAAAAUAUUCAAUCCGGAGGCGUCGCGAAAGAUCGUAGAGCUAACUUUUUAUAUUAAUCUGCUUGAAAUUAAUUAAAAAGAAUUUCUUAUGAAUUCUUAUCGACUAUAAAAGAAAUUUCUUUUGUGAUCUAAAAGGCACAGAAUUGAUAAAAUGAAAGUGAAUUUUUGUUGAACUCUUAAGAGUACUUUGGCGACACGGAAAUGCGGGAUGAAAAAGAAAUUCACUUCAAAAUUCGAAAUUUUAAAAAGAAUUCAUUUCGGAUUGUCUUUGCUCUUCCUUAAAAAAAAGAUUGAACGUGGUAACGACAGGUCGUAAUUGUGUAUACCGCUCUUCCAUUAGAACAAAGCCGAUUAUAUCGGCAUUAACUCCACAAAGUGAUCCAGAAACGAUAAUAAUCGGUUUGCCUUUAAUACUAUAUUGCUAUUGUGCAUGCAACAGAAUCCUUAAUGCUUAAUGCGAUUAUGCUAUUCCAUAUCGAAUGGCAGGAGUAUAUGCAAAAGAUAUAUUAUUGACAUUCGCGCGCGAGCACCUUUACAUAAUAAAAACCUCUCCAUUUCUCGUAUAUCUUGGAAAUUUUCGGUUUUCAUGACGAUAGGAAACGCAAAGGUAAUUCAAAGCGCAAAUUUGAAAUACAAUAGGUUUUAGAACGUCGUUGUUUCACAUCGUGACAUUUGAGAAUUCGCAAUGAAACGCGUACUAAAUUUACAAACACGUUAAAUACACAUGUGUGCGCGUGUAUAAGCGAUAUUAAACGAAUCACGUAAGAAAAAUUGUAUCUGUAUUUCUUUUUUUCGUAUAGAUCGAAAGAGAGAUUUUUUUUAGAAGGUAACUGAAGUUUACGAUGGAUUCAGCGACGUUAAAUCUUAUCAGAUCGGAAUUAUAUAAAUAUCUAAUUGUAGAAAAAUUAGUUUAUCGCGAGAUAUGUGCGAAAACAUGAGGAUGCAACAGACUGUUUAAUUUUUCUUACGUUUACACAAUCAUGCGUAAUCGGUUUCGAAAAUAUUCGCAAUAGACUUCUCUCUCCAUUAUGCAAAGAUAUCAUCAUUUGUAAUGAUGAUUCCGAUUCAAUAUCGCUCUGAAUGUGGGAUAGUCGAAGAUUUGUAGGUCAUAAUUUUUCAAAUUUUGCAAAUUUGCAAAUACUACUGCAUCGAGUUACUUCUAUUUGUGCGGCACAUUCUUUCCAAAUAACGAUGAAUAUUUUAUAUAUGUAUAAAACGGUCAUGUAAAAAAUCUAGGUAGAGUUUUCAAACCUUUGGAACUUUAGUGAAUUAAAGAUAAGUCUAAAAGGCGUCCGAGGAAACUGAAAAGUCAUUUUGAACGAGACGUCUUUAGAGACAAUUGUGUAUUCCACCUGGAAGGAGAUGUUCUUCAUUUCUGCGUGAAUUAGCUCGUCCCCGUACUCAACGUGACCAAUGUAUCAGUAUGGCACAGCUAGAUAUGUCUUUUUUACGCGCGAAUCGCUCUUGAGGAGGAGUAACUUCUGCCAUGUAUCUUUUUCCGUACUUUUGUCAUUUCGCUACCUCGAUCACACACGUCACGGCGCUUAGCGAUUAAACGAUCUAUCCGAUAACUGCAUAACAUAAAACAGGGGGAGGAACGAGUCUCUCGAUAAGGCUCUUAAUGAAUGGUUACUCAGGAACAAAGUUAUAAUGUAAUAACAGUUGCGAUAUAUUGAAUAUUAACAUUUAACGAACGACCUUUUGUAAAUAUGAAUAUAACAAAUAUAUAUAAAGAUACACAAUUUCUCAUAUAUAUACAUAUAUGUAUAUAUAUAUGUAUAUGUAUGUAUAUGCAUAUAUAUAUACAUAAGAAACUUGUACAGGGUGAUUUGGAAGGCCGCCAAUAAAUUGUAGCGAUAUUAUUUGAUCUUUUGCGACGAAACGUAAAAAAUUAAUUGCACCUACUAGAAGUACAUUCUUAUAUCCUUCAUUGUAUUAAUGAACUUGAAAACGUCUUCAUUUUUAUUUUGAAAAUAUCGCACGUACGACAGACUCUGAAUUGUCCUGUACAAUUUUACGAUCGCCCAAUAAGAGAUGACAAGCCUGAUAGAAACGCGUACAUAUAUCUGCGUAAGAGAAAGAAAGGGGAAAAAAAGACAAAAAGAGAGACUGCGUGUAAUGCGUGUGCGUGCGUGCGUGCCGGCGUAUGUGAAUGCGCAAAACGUGUGAAUAAAAGAAUCAUGUAAAACCUGUAUGUAUGAGAUCAGAGCGGGAAUUCGUUUCCAUUAACGGAGCACUGACAAAAAUGUCGACGACGGUGCCGUGAUUCGAUUAUGAUUUACGUUGAAAGAUAAGGCAACGCUAAAAAAAUAAAGAGCAAAGAAGAGGGAAAGAGGAAGAAAGGAAGCAGAGAGAUGUGUGGAGAGGCGAAUUCAGAAUUUCGGGGGACACCGUGAGAUGCAUUCGCGCGCGCGAUUAUUAAUUAAUCCUUCGACCGCCGAUUCACGAGAGUGUCAAUUGAUUUCUUGCGAUGUGCAGCAUCCGCGCGCGAUUCUGAAAACGACAGAAACGACCGGUUUGUGAUGAGGCGAGGAAUGAGAUAGUAGCGAUCGGCGGUCGGGGUUCAACGGCAAUCGUGGAUUGAAAUCGAUAUAAUUUCAACGAGACUCCGGUCUUAAUGGCGUAGACACGCGGAAGCGAGUUCAGUGGCCUCAAAUAAUGAUAGAAAUCACCAAUGAGGUCUGCUUCCUUCAUGAUUACAAGACCGAAAAUCGAACUCGCCGAAAUUCUAACGGUUUCGAGUCCUUCGGUCAGAGCGAGAUGCCGGAUGGGAAAGAGAGAGAGAGUGUGUACGUGUGUGUGUGUUGUGUGUGAAUGAGAGCGAAAGGAAAAAAAAAAUCCCGAGUAGCAUAAAACAUUCCAGCAAUAUUACAGCAACGUUGAUGCAAUAUUGCUGAAAUGUGUCACGCUGUCGGGGAAGAGAGGAAUUAUCGAUCCUUCGGUCAGGAUGCACGACCGCGUGUGCGUAUCCCGGCGCAUUGCGUACGCACAUGAUUGUACACGCGCGUUUUUGUCCAUUUCUACACGUAUAUCUGUUCUCUCCUACGAUGAUAGAAGGUUAUUUUUAAAUUUUCGAAACUUAGCUGUGCCGCAAGAGCGUGCGAGUGUCAGUACGAUCGGAUGUCAGUAGGAAUCCUGAAAUAUAAAUAGACGAUUGAAGUGGACCGCA